CCCUCCCCCAUCAAAACACACCCUCGUCUUGUCGGGUAGGAGUGGCAGAUUCAUUCUCCGCUGGGCAUUCACGCUUGGUCGAGCUGGCCGUGGGACGCUGUCUACCGUUGUCACUUGUCAGCCCUGCGUGGUUGUUUUCCGACAAGCAUUGAAGAAGUGGCUUGAAGGAGUUGCCCGAAUCAAUUGGCUUACUAAGGCAUCUUCGUCAAAAUAUCUGGAACAAAAAUUAAAAGGUUAUGGUAUCAACUACGCACAUGUCAAAGAUUUCAGUGGGACCGAGUGUAAUAUAAGUCCGCCUUUACUACCACGUAUUGCUGUGCUUUCUUCUCUAGAACUACCAUGUUGAACCCAGAGCGCUUAUAGUGAUGAGAGUUAGUGAAUUAGUAGAUGAUGGAUUAAGAUCGUUGUUAAACACGGUGUAUUGUUUGAUUUAAGUGCUUGAUCUAUUAUUAUCUUGUUUUGAGAUUUAUUUUUAUUUUUAAAAAGAGUCUGGUUUCUAAAACAUCAAUUUGCUCUUUAAAAUAUUUGUUUUAAGCGCAUCAUAUUUAUCAGAGGGAUGCUUCAUUGUUACUGUGCUGCUAUAUAUGGCUAUAUAUGAUUGGCAUAUGUAAACAUUUUGAAGCCCUUAGCUUGUUGCUGACAGGCUUUGUCUGGCCCUCUAAAAUUGGUUUUUGGAAGGCAAAAGACACAUACAUAUAACAGGCCUGGAAAAGGAAUCGUUUUCAUUAUACCUUUAACAAGAAGCUGAGACAAGUACACGUGUAGAUUAUUAUCUAGUUGUCAACAUAAUCAGUUGCAUUUUGGUCAUGUUUGUCCUGUUUUCUGGUUUUGUGACUGAUGGAUCUACCUUAUUCAUGUUGAAUAUAAAGUAUCGCUUUCUUCUAAUUCAGUGAUGUGAAGACUAUCCUAUUGCCUAGUCACUUAUGUCAGAUCCUUCAAUAGGAAAUUCAUUUGUUGCCUUUGUUUCACGUGGUUGACAUUCCAAUUUUCUUACUAAUACAAGGUCCUUGUGUGCUUCAAUGAGACUAAAUUUUGUGUGUGAUUUUGCAAACUGAAUAUCUUUCUCUAUAUGCACAUAUGCAAAUAAAAAAUGAGCUAUGGUUUGGCGGUGGGAAAUCUAUAAUUUUAUGCUACUUGUAUGUAGUGUUUGGGAUUCGUGGAGAAUCUUUAUUUGCAAUUUUGAAGUAUGUUCACAUUUGCAUGUAUUAGACAUAGACAUUGAACCUUUUUUUUUUUUUGGCCCCUAAGAUAAUUAUUGACUUUUCCUUCAUGAAUAUGUAACUCUUUGUUUUCAGACAAUUUUAUAAACUAGGUUGGAGGAAUCUUGGAGUCAGAACAUGACAGUAGAUGACAAAGAAGAGAAUAUUGAAUUCAAGUGGGGCAAAAUGAAAGCAAGAGGUGGAAGAAAUAAAGCUGUGAUAUUUUAUGAAUCUUUCACUUAUGAUGGUGUGGAGUAUAGCCUUUUUGAUUCAGUAUAUGUUUACAAAGAAGGUGAAGAAGAGCCUUAUAUUGGUAAACUCAUAAAGAUUUGGGAGACCUCUGACAAGAACAAGAAAGUGAAGAUUCUUUGGUUUUUCCGUCCCUGUGAGAUUCUUAAUUUUUUGCCAACUAAUGAGACACGCAACAAUGAAUUGUUCUUAGCUUCUGGGGAAGGCUUAGGCCUAGUAAAUAUCAAUCCUUUGGAAGCUCUUGUUGGUAAAUGCAAUGUUAUUUGCAUUUCCAAGGAUAGUAGGAAUCCACAACCACUAGAUGAAGAAGUGCAAAGAGCUGAAUAUGUAUUCCAUCGAGUAUUUGAUGUUGGGCACCGUAAAGUAUCAGAUAAACUCAGUGACCAGAUUGCAGGAUAUGAUGUUAAAUGUUUACUUAACAAAUUAGAUAGUCAAAAACCAGUUGAUCUAAAGGAACUGAGUAUAGAGGAGAAAGAAGUUAGUGGGAAAGACAUGGAAAGAAAUGAAGUUGUGGUGCCUCCAAGUCAAGAAAAUAUUCAAUAUAUGACUAGAGAGGAAAAUGGCAAGUUUGUUGAAACAUUAGUGACUAAAAAUACCGAGUCUAAGUUGGGAGAAAAACCUGCCUCUAAUGGAGGUUUCGGUGAGGCACGUAAAUCCAACGUUGGAUUUUCACCCACAAUUAAUGACAAGUCCAUUCCAAUGGUUAAGGCUAAUAAGAAUGAAGAUUGUGAUGCCUUUUUGGCAAAGAAAAAAUCUUCUGACAAAAAACAACUGGCUUUGGGGGAAGGAUUGGAGCGGCAGUUAGCUAAAGGAUCUAAUAGAUCAAAACAGAUCUCUGAUGAGAAGAUCGCCUUGACAUCUAAGAUUGGUGAAGGAGGAAAACGUGUAGCUGUUGGGGGUUCUGUUAGACAAGAAUAUGUUAAGGGGGAUGGAAAUUUUACACAUGAUACCAAUGGAUUGGUGGAGGACAAGCAUGGUAAGAAGACAAAGCUUGGCGAUUCUAAAAGAAACAUGAAUGUGAAGCAAGGUGAUGGCAUGCAAUGUAGGAGACUCGUUCAUGAUGAUGAUGAUAACGACAUAGAGACUUUAGUUCCAAAUUUAAUCUCAUCAAAGGACAAACACAAACUUCGACGGGAGAAAGAUUCUAGUGAUGGAGAGGGAAUCCCUUCCAAGAGGUUGAAGCUUGACAAUAAGCCAACAAAACUCUCUCAUAACAAGUUGCAUAAGGAAUCUUCUACAAGAUCUCCAAAUGGGGAGCAAAAGAUAGAUUCUUGUGAAUGUGAAGUUACUCAAAGACCUGAUGCUGAUAAAAGCAAAUGGUUCAAGGGGCUUCCUUGGGAAGAAAGAAUGAAAUCUGCACAUGAACAAGGAACACUUGUGCUGCUUCAAAAUUUGGAUCCUUCUUUAACUUCUCAGGAGGUAGAGGAUGUAGUCUGGCAUGCAUUUCAGGAACAUUGCACGGCAAAGAUAAUCCAAGCAACUGCAUUUUCUAGCCCCCAUUCUGGUCAAGCUUUUGUUAUAUUUAAAAGAAGGGAAGCAGCGGAAGAAGCCAUAAGAAAAUUAAGCCAGAGUUGUUUAUUGAUGUCAAAUGGACGUCCCCUUGUUGGGUCCGCAGGAAAGCCUUGCUUCCCAGAAAAAAGGCCAAAAUUUUAUGGCCAUAUUGUUAUUGAUCAACUUCGGAUGCAAAUGCAACGUGAGAUGAAAGAUGCUGUCUCUACUUCACAUUGUUCUCAGUCCAAUAAUGUUGAAUAUGAUAUGGCUAUGGAUUGGUGCCUGCUGGAAGAAAGAACUGAUUAUGCAUGGAAAAAACUGUUCCAGCGACAAGGUGAGGAGUUGAGAAAAGUCAAGGCAAAGCUGAAGGCAAAAUGACCUGUAAUGACCUUGCGCUUAAUUUUUGGCCAAAUUCUCCAGGGUGAAACAGAAUAUAUCUAUGGUUGAGAACCUACAUCCUAGUGUAGUAGGUUUAUAGUAGCUCUCGAAUUUAUUUGCACUCUCCAAUCAUUCCUUGGCAGGAGUAAAGGAUUUUGGCAGCUCCUCAGCAUGGUUUUACCAUUCUCCAGAUAUUUGUGUUUUUGGUCCCCACAAUGUGCAAUUAGGCUUCCGAUGAACUAGGCAGUUUCCUUUUACUUUUUGUCUUUUUUUAAUUCAUCCGUUGCAAAUACUACUUCCAUGUGUACUGGUUCUAUAAUGACAGUUUGUACCGCCACAACUCAGUUGCAAGUACCAGCUGGUUCAAUAUGUGUAUAGUAUCCCUGUUUGUUCAAACGGUAGAUAUCUCCUAUGUCAAACUGAACCUCUUAUGGUAAUGAAAGUGAGGGAAAUGCUAUAUUUCCCAAGUUUUGUGCAAUAGAAA